AAAGUGGAGAAUAAGAAGCAUAACGAUGUGAAGACUAAAAGCGUUGCCAGCAUUAGUUUCAUUGGCUUGCUGUUUUUUAUAUUUAUAUUUGGUGGAUUGGCCCCCACAAUGAAUUCAAAGUAUGGUGGGAUCAGAGAGGCAUUUACAAGGAAAGAUGAUUAUACUUAUGAAACGCACCCUGGAAGAGUGUUGGCUGCUAAUAAUGGAACUGGCCAUGGUGAGAUCUAUGAUAAUAGGAAGUAUUUUAGCAACAUGACCCAUUUUGGUGGUGGGGAAGAUCACGGGGGUGGAGUAAAGAGACCCAGUGAGAAAGAGAAAGAUGAGUUUGUUCAAUCGGGCAAUGGUAGUGCACCCCUUACGGCCUCCUUAUAUGUUCCCAGGAACGACAAGCUUGUGAAAAUCGAUGGUAACUUAAUCAUUCAUUCUGUUAUGGCAAGUGAGAAAGCCAUGGCGUCUCAUGGAAGUGCCAAAGAAAAGGAGGGGAGCAAAGAGACAGGUCUGGCAGUUCCUGAAAACAUGGCCUCUGCUAUCACUGGUGGAAUACAUUCUCAAUUGUAUCAAGGUGCAGCUGAGCGUCAGAGGGCUCUUGGUCCUGAUUCUAUGGGCAAGGACAAUAUGAGGUCAUCUGGAGCUGCUGAUGGUAGACUGCAGCAAUGGUUCAGAGAAGGCCUUUCAGGACCUAUGUUAAGCUCAGGAAUGUGCACAGAGGUAUUCCAGUUUGACGUGUCAUCGGCCAUAGUUCCAGCCAGCUCCCUGAGGAAUAUAUCUCAGAGUGCCAAAAAGGGGAGAAAUAGAAGGAUCCUCCACAGUCUUGCCGUUCCUCUUUCCGCAUCACCUCACAACAUAUCUGCUGAAACAGUGGAAAUAAAUGGGGAGGAAGAAGAGCUGAAAGGAAACAAUUCUCUGUCUUCUUCAUCAAUGGUUGUUUCUGUGCUUGUCGAUCCGAGGGAAGGUGGGGAUGGGGAUGCUGAUGGGGUGAUGGGAAAGAAGUCUCUCUCUCGGAUAUUUGUUGUCGUGUUGGUGGAUAGCGUAAAGUAUGUAACUUACUCAUGCAUCCUUCCUUUGAAGGGAUCUGUCCCUCAUCUAGUCACUACCUGAGGAAGGAAAGAGGUGUUAGGUUAGUUAAACUCACCCAUCUUCUGAAGCAAUUUUGUGGAGAGCUCAUAUGCUGGGACGAUGUUGAUGAUAGAGAAUGACAGAAGUGGAAUAGCGUAAUUUAUAUGUUUAAUAACAAUGAGGACUUUUAUCUUCUUCUUUAUAUUAGCUUCUUCUCAUGUAACCUUGCACCUGAUACAAGAGACUAGUUCUAAGACUUCUAACUUGUGUACGAUAUCAUGUGUAAUUUUCUCCUUUUGUAUUUCAUAGAUGCGGCUUCUACAUGAUCAACUCUUGAUCUACUAUACUCCAUUUGGUGUUUCUUAAUAUAAAUCACAAUAUAGAAUGAAUUCAAUAUGCUUCUUAUAAAGCAUUUUGCUAUUCUGGUGAAGCCUUCAA